UUUGCCUCUCUGUAAAAUCUAGAAAAUGACCUUUAUAAUUUGUUAUUUUCUUUCCACAAAAUAUACAUCACAUUUCUACAUUUCAGAAGUUUUUCUAAUUUAUUCUUGUGGUAUGAGAACCCCCCGCGUAGGUAAGGGGUCUCCUUUUACAUAUAGGCCCAGGGCCUCAAGAAGUCUUAAGACGUCUCUGAGAGUGACGGUCACGGAAUCGAAGUUUACAACACACAAAAUCGAAACCGAAACAGUCGGCGCGCGACAUUCGAGCGAUUCGCAGUUCGAGCCCCGGAAAAGACGCUUGCGUAUCUCUCUGGUAGGAGUGUGCGAUUCAAAUCGAUUUUUUUGGAAACGAUUUCCGAUUUUUCAAAUCGAUUUUUUCUCAGACGAUUUUUCCAAGAAUCGAUAUUUUAGGAAGGAGAUCGUCCUUACGAUCUUGUCAUCAGUCAAUAUUCUUCUUGGCAUUAGAUUUUUCUUCAACUUUUGUUUGCUAUUUUUUUGUGAUUACAUAAUGUUAGUGGGGUGGCCUAUAUUGUUCCUGUUUCUCUGGGCCAAACCUUUUCACAGGGGAUUCUUUUGCGAAGAUGACAGCAUACGACAUCCCUUUCACGAAUCCACCGUUCCAAGUUGGUCUUUGUACAUUACGGGAUUUGGGUUGAACAUCAUCACCAUGUUACUGACAGAAAUCCUCAACAGACCAAACGAUGGCAAAACUUUCUAUUUCAUGGGAAGAAACAUUCCUUAUUGGGUGUACAACGCCUAUUGCGCCAUCGGCAUGAUGGCCUUUGGUGCCGCUUGUUCACAACUAACAACCGACGUAAUGAAAUACACUAUUGGAAGACUGAGGCCUCAUUUUUACACGGUUUGCCAACCGAGUAUAGACUGCACCCUGGCCAGCAGUCAAAAUGUUUAUCACACAAAUUUUUCAUGUACGAAUCCUUCGUACAUGUUCAAUAAGAGAGUGAUGAAGGAAAUGAGGCUUUCGUUUCCAUCGGGACAUUCUUCCUUUUCUAUGUUUACUAUGACUUAUUUUGCGAUAUAUCUUCAAAAACGUAUGACAUGGGACGGCUCGAAACUCGUCAGACACACUCUCCAAUUCUUGGCGGUUCUCUCUUCAGUUUUCACGGCAAUGACCAGAGUUUCCGACUACAAACAUCAUUGGAGUGAUGUUUUAUGCGGUCUACUUCUUGGCAGCAUCGAAGCAAUCAUAAUUGCAAGAUUUUUCUCUACACGAGUCCUCAGAGCAUUCCGAUUUAAAUGGACAUGGGAAUAAUAGGACCACAGCUAUAGGAGUUUAAAAAAUUGUUUUAGAGUGUGGAAAAUAUUAGAUCAUUCACUGAAAAAAAAUUCGAGAUUAUAAUAAAUAAAUAUUUGUUUCUGACAAAUUUGGUUAAAAAUACCAAACCAAUAUUAUAAUUAAUAUGCAUUGGUAAGAAAUACAUUAAAUUGGUAAUUAAAAAUAUGACUGUUAAAAAUAGUUAUUUAUAAAAUACAAAUGAUUUAUUAGGACUCAUUUUCUUAUAUCAAACAAUGUUUAUUAAUAAUGAACAAAAUAUUUCUUACAUUGAUUUGCAAGGGUUUUAUAAAU